AUGGAGAACUUGGAGAACAAGUUCAAGGAAGAAAAAAGUAAACGACAAGAAUUAGAGAAAGAAGUGAAAGACAUGAAGAAGCAGUUGGAGACAAAAGACAAAGAAAUAGAAGAUUUGAAAAGGUUCAAAGUUAACAGCAAGAAGAACAUAAAUACUGUUUACCAAAAGGUCUUCAACAAAACCUCUCCCCCAACACCUUCAUCUCCAGUUGCUGCACCUUCAUCUCCAGUUGCUGCACCUUCAUCUCCCGUCGCUGCACCUUCAUCUCCCGUCGCUGCACCUUCAUCUCCCGUCGCUGCACCUUCAUCUCCCGUCGCUGCACCUUCAUCUCCCGUCGCUGCACCAUCCUCCACCGCACCUCCUCCUGCCCCAGCAGCCCUGCAGGCAGCCCCUGGUGGUGCUCAACUGCCGCAGCCUCGACCAGCCAGGCGGCGCCAGUGGGCGCUUGUUGCUGACCCUGGCCUCAUCGUCGUUGUAUCUUGCUCAGUCAUCCCUGUCUUCGCUUCAAGGUUCAAGGUUGCUGUUCCAGAAGGUUUUUCGGCUCAACUGUUCUAUGUGGUUCAACGGAUGAGGGCGUCUUGGUCAAACAUGAUCCCUCGUCACUGA